GACCCCCAAUCGACUUUUAUUUAUUUUUUGUCCUGAUUCGAAUCCCGAAUCAAUUUCAAGGUCUUGUUUGUUGCUUGACGUACUUCUGCUCUUCCAAAAUCCCCGUUUAAGCAUAGAGAUCUGAAAUAAAUUAAUAAUGGAGAAGCCAGUGGAGAGCUUCCCCUUCCCCAUACUCCUCGUGAUCUCCUCCUGCCUUUUCCUCGUCCCCAUCUCUGGACAAACCGACACCAUAACCUCCUCCCAAUCCCUCAAAGAUGGGCAGACCACUGUCUCCUCAUCAGGAACAUUUGAGCUAGGAUUCUUCAGUCCCCCAAAUUCUUUGUAUCGAUAUGUGGGAAUAUGGUACAAAGCCACUGACCGGACCCCCGUGUGGGUUGCAAAUAGACAAGCCCCGCUGAGGAACAAGAACGGAAUCCUGAGGAUCAUCCAUCCUGCAGGAGUUCUGGCCAUCCUCGACACUUCUAAACGAAUCGUUUGGUCGACCAACGCCUCCACCCGGCCCGUGGUAAACCCAGUUGCAGAAUUGCUGGAAACAGGGAAUCUUGUUGUGAGGGAUAGGGAUGAUGAGAACCCGGAGAAUUUCGUAUGGCAGAGCUUUUAUUACCCUACUAACACCUUGCUGGCUGGCAUGAAGCUCGGGAAGAACUUAACUUCCGGUCUUGAAAUGUAUCUGUCCUCGUGGAAGAGUGCAGACGAUCCCUCCCCAGGGGAUUACACGUAUCACUGCGAUAGCUCAGGGUAUCCCCAGGAUAUCCUGAGAAAAGGGUCCAAAGAUGAGAUUUACUACAUAUAUGAGCUGGCCAACAAGUCUGUGAUUUCCACCCUUGUGGUGAAUCCUGACGGAGACACCGGGAGGCGGACAUGGGUGGAUAAAACCCGAUCUUGGCAAAACUACCACUCCGUUAAGGCCGAUGAUUGCGACAUGUACGGAAUGUGCGGCGCGUAUGGUACUUGCAACGUUCUUGAUUCCCCCGUGUGCCGGUGUUUGGACAGAUUCGUGCCCAGGCAUCAAGAGGAUUGGGAAAGGGCGGAUUGGUCCGCGGGUUGUGUCCGGGAGGCCGCUCUGAAUUGCACCGGGGAUGGGUUUCUGAAAUAUGCUGGUGUCAAAUUGCCCGACACAAAUAUUUCGCGCUACAAUGAAACGAUGUUGCUGGAUGAAUGUCAAAGUGUUUGUGCGAAGAACUGUUCGUGCAUGGCGUAUUCGAGCUUGGACAUUCGGAAUGGAGGGAGUGGGUGCUUGCUCUGGAUGGGAGACUUAGUUGACACCCGACAGCUGUCUGAAGAUGGACAAGAAAUCUACAUAAGAAUGGCACACUCUGCCUUAUUAGGGGGGUCUGCAAAAACAAGUAGAAGACAGAUCUUUACUGUGGGGUUGCCAUUGAUUAUAGCUGCAGUUCUUGUAUCCCUAGUAUUUGGCACAGUCUUUUGUUUCAGGAAGAAAAGAAUGACUCCAAAGAUCACAAACAAUGUUUUUGCUGCCCAAAACUACAAGGAAUCAAGUGGUGGGAGACACACUGAAGAUUUAGAUCUGCCUCAGUUUGAUCUCUAUACAUUAACUCUUGCCACAGACCAAUUUUCAAUAUAUAACAAGAUUGGAGAAGGGGGCUUUGGACCUGUUUAUAAGGGGGUGCUUGAAGGGGGACAAGAAAUAGCAGUGAAACGCCUCUCUGAGGCAUCAAAGCAAGGGCUUAGGGAGUUCAAGAAUGAAGUCAUCUGCAUUGCCAAAUUGCAGCAUAGAAAUCUUGUGAAACUUUUAGGAUGCUGCAUUCAAGGAGAAGAAACAAUGCUGGUGUAUGAAUACAUGCCUAAUAGGAGCCUUGAUAUGUUCAUUUUUGAUGAAGAACGGAGUGGAUUGCUUGAUUGGCCUAAACGCUCUAACAUUAUCAAUGGAAUUGCACGGGGACUUAUGUACCUUCAUCAAGACUCGAGGUUGAGAAUCAUCCACAGAGAUCUUAAAACUAGCAACAUUUUGCUUGACAUUGACAUGAACCCAAAGAUAUCAAAUUUUGGGAUGGCUAGAAGUUUUGGAGGGAGUGAGACAGGAGCCAACACUGUACGCGUGGUGGGAACAUACGGAUAUAUGUCUCCAGAAUAUGCAAUCGAUGGGGUAUUCUCAGUAAAAUCAGAUGUGUUUAGUUUUGGUGUCUUAGUAUUAGAGAUCAUAAGCGGAAAAAAGAACAGACAUUUUGUUCAUCCAGACCACCAUCUAAACCUCCUUGGACAUGCAUGGACACUUUAUAACGAGAAUAGAUCAUUGGGACUAGUUUAUCCGAGACUCAUUGUCUCAUGUGAUCCAGCCGAAACCAUUCUCUCCUCGGUCGGAACGUUCAAGCUAGGAUUCUUCAGUCCACCUAAUUCCUUGAACCGGUACGUGGGAAUAUGGUACAAAGUCACCGACCAGACUCCCGUGUGGGUUGCCAACAGACAAGCCCCUUUGACAAGCACGACGGGAAUCCUGAGGAUUAACCAUCCCAGAGGAACUCUCUCCCUCCUCGACUCUUCUUCCAACCAAACCCUUUGGUCCACCAACGCCUCCCCCCGGGCCGUCACAAAUCCAGUCGCACAAUUGCUGGAAACAGGGAAUCUUGUCGUGAGGGAGAGGGAUGAUGAGAACCCGGAAAACUUCAUCUGGCAGAGCUUUAAUUACCCCACUAACACGUUGCUUGCUGGCAUGAAGCACGGGAAAAACAUGGCAUCCGGCCUUGAAGUCUAUCUGUCGUCGUGGAAGAGCCUUCAAGAUCCCUCCCCUGGGGAUUACACGUUUCACUGUGAUAGCUCGCGGUAUCCACAAGAUAUCUUGAGAAAAGGGUCCAAGGUUGUUUAUAGAACCGGGCCGUGGAAUGGCCUUCAUUGGAGUGGGGUGCCUCACCUGGUGAACAAUACUGUGACCUCGUUCAGCUUCGUUAUGAACAAGGAUGAGAUAUACUACAUAUAUGAGCUGGUGAACAAGUCGGUGAUUUCCACCCUUGUGGUGAAUCCGGACGGGGACACCGGGAGGCAGAUUUGGGUGGAGAAAACUUGGUCUUGGCAAACCUACCAUUCAGUUAAAGCGGAUGAUUGCGAUACGUAUGGAUUGUGCGGCGCGUAUGGUACUUGCAACAUUCUAGAAUCCCCCGUGUGCCGGUGUUUGGACAAAUUCGUGCCUAGGCAUCAAGAGGAUUGGGCAAGGGCGGAUUGGUCCGCGGGUUGUGUUCGGGAGGCUCCUUUGAAUUGCGCCGGGGAUGGGUUUCUCAAGUACACCGGUGUCAAAUUGCCCGACACGAAUAUUUCACGGUACAAUGAAACGAUGUCGCUGGAUGAAUGUGAGGGUGUUUGCGCGAGCAACUGUUCGUGUAUGGCGUAUUCGAGCUUGGACGUUAGGAAUGGAGGGAGUGGGUGCUUGCUCUGGAUGGGAGACUUAGUUGACACCCGGCAGCUGUCAGAAGGUGGACAAGAAAUCUACAUAAGAGUGGCACGCUCUGCCUUAUUAGUAUUUGGCUCAAUCUUUCGCUUCAGGAAGAGAAGAAUGACUCUGAAGUUCACAAACUACAAGGAAUCAAGUGGUGGGAGACACACUGAAGAUUUGGAUCUGCCUCAGUUUGAUCUCUAUACAUUAACUCUUGCCACAGACCAAUUUUCAAUACAUAACAAGAUUGGAGAAGGGGGCUUUGGACCUGUUUAUAAGGUGGUGCUUGAAGGGGGACAAGAAAUAGCGGUGAAACGCCUCUCUGAGGCAUCAAAGCAAGGGCUUAGGGAGUUCAAGAACGAAGUAAUUUGCAUUGCCAAAUUACAGCAUAGGAAUCUAGUGAAACUUUUAGGAUGCUGCAUUCAAGGAGAAGAAACAAUAUUGGUGUAUGAAUAUAUGCCUAACAAGAGCCUUGACAUGUUCAUUUUUGAUGAAGAACGGAGUGGAUUGCUUGAUUGGCCUAAACGGUCUAACAUUAUCAAUGGAAUUGCACGGGGACUUAUGUACCUCCAUCAAGACUCAAGGCUGAGAAUCAUCCAUAGAGAUCUUAAAACUAGCAACAUUUUGCUUGACAUUGACAUGAACCCAAAGAUAUCAGAUUUUGGGAUGGCUAGAAGUUUUGGAGGGAGUGAGAUAGGGGCCAACACUAUGCGUGUGGUGGGAACAUACGGAUACAUGUCUCCAGAAUAUGCAAUUGAUGGGAUAUUCUCAAUAAAAUCAGAUGUGUUUAGUUUUGGUGUCUUAGUAUUAGAGAUCAUAAGUGGCAAAAAGAACAGACAUUUUGUUCAUCCAGACCACCACCUAAACCUCCUUGGACAUAGAUCUGGCCGGCAAAGAGUGAUAAUGGAAAAGCCUGCGGAAAGCUUCCCGAUCCUACCCCUCAUCCUGAUCUCCGCCUGGCUUUUCCUGGUCCCUAUCUCCGGGCAAAGUGACACCAUAACUUCCUCCCAAUUCAUAAAAGAUGGGCAGACCAUUGUCUCCUCGGCCGGAACAUUCGAGCUAGGAUUCUUCAGUCCACCAAAUUCUUUGAAUCGAUAUGUGGGGAUAUGGUACAAAGCCACUGACCGGACUCCCGUGUGGGUUGCAAAUAGACAAGCCCCGCUGAAAAACAAGAAUGGAAUCAUAAGGACCAUCCUUCCUGCAGGAGUUCUGGCCAUCCUCGACACUUCUUCCAAUCGAACCCUUUGGUCCACCGACGCCUCCCCUCGGCCCGUCAUGAAUCCAGUUGCACAAUUGCUGGAAACAGGGAAUCUUGUUGUGAGGGAGAGAGACGAUGAGAACCCGGAAAAUUUCAUCUGGCAGAGCUUUAAUUACCCGACUAACAUGUUGCUUGCUGGCAUGAAGUUGGGGAAGAACAUGGCAUCAGGCCUUGAAGCCUAUCUGUCGUCGUGGAAGAGCGUUGAAGACCCCUCCCCUGGGGAUUACACGUUUCACUGCGAUAGCUCGGGGUAUCCGCAGGAUAUCCUGAGAAAAGGGUCCAAGGUUGUUUACCGAACGGGGCCGUGGAAUGGCCUUCGUUGGAGUGGGGCACCUAACAUGGUCAACAAUAGUUUGAUCUCAUUCAGACUUGUUAAGAACAAGGAUGCGACUUACUACUACACAUAUGAGCUGGUCAACAAAUCGUUGAUUUCCACCCUGGUGGUGAAUCCCGACGGAGACACCGGGAGGCGGACUUGGGUGGAGAAAACCCGGUCUUGGCAAACCUACCACUCAUUCAAAGCGGAUGAUUGCGAUACGUACGGAUUGUGCGGCGCAUAUGGUACUUGCAACGUUCUUGAAUCCCCCGUGUGCCAUUGUUUGGACAAAUUCGUGCCCAGGCAUCAAGAGGAUUGGGACAGGGCGGAUUGGUCCGCAGGUUGUGUUCGGGAGGCCGCUCUGAAUUGCACCGGGGAUGGGUUUCUCAAGUACACCGGUGUCAAAUUGCCCGACACGAAUAUUUCGCGGUACAAUGAAACGAUGUCGCUGGAUGAAUGUGAAAGUGUUUGCGCGAAGAACUGUUCGUGUAUGGCGUAUUCGAGCUUGAGCAUUCGAAAUGGAGGGAGUGGGUGCUUGCUUUGGAUGGGGGACUUGGUUGACACCCGACAGCUAUCCCAAGGUGGACAAGAGAUCUACAUAAGAAUGGCACACUCUGCCUUAUUACUAGAGGGAUCUACACAAAGAAAAACAAGGAGAAGAAGAAGAAAAAUAAUUACUGUGGGGUUGCCAUUGACUUUAGUUGCAGCUCUUGUAGCCAUAGUAUUUGGCACAAUCUUUUGUUUGAAGAAGAGAAGAAUGUCUCCAGAGACUACAAAGAAUGUUUUUGCUGCCCACAAUUACAAGGAAUCCAGUGGAGGGACACACGGUGAAGAUUUGGAUCUGCCUCAGUUUGAUCUCUAUACAUUAACUCUUGCCACAGACCAAUUUUCAAUACAUAACAAGAUUGGAGAAGGGGGCUUUGGACCUGUUUAUAAGGGGGUCCUCAAAGGAGGACAAGAAAUAGCGGUGAAACGACUCUCUGAGGCAUCAAAGCAAGGGCUUAGGGAGUUCAGGAACGAAGUAAUCUGCAUAACAAAAUUGCAGCAUAGAAAUCUAGUGAAACUUUUAGGAUGUUGCAUUCAAGGAGUAGAAACAAUGUUGGUGUAUGAAUAUAUGCCUAACAAGAGCCUUGAUUUGUUUAUUUUUGAUGAAAAGCGGAGUGGAUUGCUUGAUUGGCCCAAACGCUUUAACAUCAUCAAUGGGAUUGCACGUGGACUUGUGUAUCUUCAUCAAGACUCGAGAUUGAGAAUCAUCCAUAGAGACUUAAAAACUAGCAACAUUUUACUUGAUAUUGAUAUGAACCCAAAGAUCUCAGAUUUUGGGAUGGCUAGAUGUUUUAGAGGGAGCGAAACAGGAGCUAACACUAUGCGCGUGGUGGGAACAUAUGGAUAUAUGUCUCCAGAAUAUGCAGUUGACGGGAUAUUCUCAGUAAAAUCAGAUGUCUUUAGUUUUGGUGUCUUAGUAUUAGAGAUCAUAAGCGGCAAGAGGAACAGACACUUUGUUCAUCCAGACCACCACCUAAACCUCCUUGGACAUGCAUGGACACUUUAUAAGGAUAAUAGAUCAUUGGAUCUAAUCGAUCCGAGACUCAUUGGCUCAUGUGAUCUCACCGAAGUGACUCGAUCGAUCCACAUAGCUCUAUUGUGUGUGCAACAAUCUCCAGAUGAUAGACCAAACAUGCCCUCUGUUGUUUGGAAAUUGAGCAAUGAGGGUGUUCUACCAGAAGCCAAAUUGCCUGGAUUUUUUACAGAGAGGCGCGUGGCUAGUACUGAUGAACAUUAUUCUUGGAGAACUCAGAACCUAAGUUCUAUAAAUGACGUUACCAUCACAUUGUUGGAUGCUAGAUAGAACUAAACAAGAGCAUGGUCAGGGUUUUGAAAAGAGGCUAUUUAAUAUUUAAUACUUCAUCACUCGAGAAGAAGAACAAGGGUAGUGUGUGAAAAUUCAUUUUAGUCAUAAUUUUGUGGCACGGGUGAUUAUGGAAGCUUUAUCAAGUACAAUAUAUGAAAUAGAAAUUA